GUACACCAGGGGUUGGAAAAACCACGCUAGGCAAAGAACUUGCAUCAAGAUCAGGACUGAAAUACGUUAAUGUGGGUGAUUUAGCUCGUGAAGUCUGAUCACCGGAUAUCAUGGAGUCUGGCAAGAUGGCUUCUCCCAAGAGCAUGCCGAAAGAUGCACAGAUGAUGGCACAAAUCCUGAAGGAUAUGGGGAUUACAGAAUAUGAGCCAAGAGUUAUAAAUCAGAUGUUGGAGUUUGCCUUCCGAUAUGUCACCACAAUUCUAGAUGAUGCAAAAAUUUAUUCAAGUCAUGCUAAGAAAGCUACUGUUGAUGCAGAUGAUGUGCGAUUGGCAAUCCAGUGUCGUGCUGACCAGUCUUUUACCUCUCCUCCCCCAAGAGAUUUUUUAUUAGAUAUUGCAAGGCAAAGAAAUCAAACCCCUUUGCCAUUGAUCAAGCCAUAUUCAGGCCCUAGAUUGCCACCUGAUAGAUAUUGUUUGACUGCUCCUAAUUACAGACUUAAGUCUUUACAAAAAAAGGCAUCUACUUCUGCGGGAAGAAUAACGGUUCCACGGUUAAGUGUUGGUUCAGUUACUAGCAGACCAAGUACUCCCACACUUGGCACACCAACCCCACAAACCAUGUCUGUUUCAACGAAAGUAGGGACUCCAGUGUCCCUCACAGGGCAAAGGUUUACAGUACAGAUGCCCACUUCACAGUCCCCAGCUGUAAAAGCAUCAAUUCCUGCAACAUCAACAGUUCAGAAUGUUCUAAUUAAUCCAUCAUUAAUUGGGUCGAAAAACAUUCUUAUUACCACUAACCUGGUGUCAUCACAAAAUACUGCCAGUGAAUCAUCAAGUGCACUGAAAAGAAAACGUGAAGAUGAUGAUGAUGACGAUGACGAUGAUGACGAUGACUAUGAUAAUUUGUAACCUAGCCUUGAUGCAUGUAACAUGUAUACUUGGUUUUGAAUCCAUUGUACUGAGCUUAAACAUGCAUGCUGGAUGUUUCCAAGUUGUUUUAGAAAAAUAGUAUUUAAUGAGUAAAUAUGGCUAUCAUUUUUCAAUUGAGAUGUUGUAUUGGACUUUCUUUAGUAGGAGUAGUAAUGGUUUUUUGUCAGCCUUUAAGUGUAAAAAAUAAAGUUGUAAUUCAUCAGUUUGAUUGUUGGUA